AUGGCUGAUGACGAGAGCUCGCUGUUUUCCUGCGGCCGGUGCUGUGAACUUGUCUUGGAAGUCGCUCUGGAACCACCACGGGCGCUGUUCAAGUUCUGGUCGAGCCUUUCUUGCUUCACCAUCCCCCCAAGAUGCGUCGCCAUCGAACCGCGGAACGCUUUCUACGAUAGGAAUAGGGAUGGAUCUCCGUUUGUCUGGCUGUUGGAAGACACUUACCAAGGAGAGGACUUCCUGAAGAACGUCAAUUUCUUCUCCGGUCAUCAUGAUCCCACAAGAUAUGUCGCCCGUGAAGAGGCGUAUCAGAAUAGACUGGCAUAUGUCGCCGAUAAUGGGAACGUCAUUCUAAAAGCUGACGAUACAAACCAACUGCCCUUCGGCGAGAAUCGCACAAGUGUCCGGGUCAAUACUGUCAAGGAUUACAGUGGAGGUCUUUUCAUCCUGGACCUAGACCGCGCACCAUGGGGUUGCGGGAUUUGGCCUGCUUGGUGGUCUACAGCCGUAGGCACUGGUUGGCCUGCGCUCGGUGAAAUAGACAUCAUCGAAGGCGUCCACGACAAUCAGCAUAAUGAAAUGGCAUGGCACACGGCCGAAGGAUGCCUCUUGGACACCGAGGAGGAUUUCACUGGCAAUGUCUCCAUCAAACACAACGGCCCGGCAACCAAUUGCUGGGCUCAUCUUCCCGGAAGCAACAACGUUGGAUGCAGCAUCACGGAAUCGAGCAGGUCAUUCUUCGGUCCUUAUUUCGAGUCACAGGGAGGAGGCGUUUUUGCGAUGAAGUGGGAUGAAAAUGGGAUCGCUAUCUGGUCAUUCUAUAGAGCUGCAAUCCCACAGGAUAUCACAAACGGGACCCCGAAUCCGAGUUCGUGGUACAAACCUUCCGCAUUGCUGGGCCCCAAAAAAUGUGACAUUGAGAAGUAUUUCCGGAACCAUACCAUCAUUCUCAACAUCACCUUUUGCGGGGAUUGGGCAGGCAAUACAUACGAAGCAGCCGGCUGUCCUGGAUCGUGUCGCGAACGAUUGAUGAACCCGGCCAACUUUGUUAACGCAACUUGGAGCAUCAGGUCACUGAAGGUUUACAGGAAGCAGCUCAUUCAUGCAGAGAUCCAUGGGGGUGCUGUGAGUGCUCUUGCUGGUUGA